GUGGCUCCCGUGUGAGCGCGUGAGACCGUGGAGUGUCCGGCACGCAGGAUGAAGCCGUUGGUCGCGCGGUGCCCGGGGCUGCCCUGCUUGUUGCUGGUGGCCGCCAUAUUGUGUCUGGGGAGCACCGGGGGAGACCUGGCAGUCACCGUCACCCUGCCAGCGCAGACCGGUACCUUGAUACCGAGGAGCAGCAGCAGCCAGGUGCCCAGCUCCAGCCCGCUCACCACCGGGGUGGACUCGGUGUUAGCGGCCGGGGCUCAGCGUCAGCACCUGCUGCUCCUCUUCCAGCGAUACGGCGACAAUAACCACAGCCUGAGCGUGCACGGCUUCCGCCAGCUGCUGAAGAGCCUGGGAGUGGAGAGGCUGAGGACGAUAGGCCGGGAGACCGAGCAUCACUCCCAUCAAACCAAGCACCACCACGGCCGCCACCAUCACCAUGGUCACCACCCCCAUCACCCUCAGCCUACCUCUCAAGGCAAGGCCGGGGGCCAGGCAUGUGCCGGGGAGGGCAGGGAGGCACGGUACGUGACGUCACCGGCCCAGCCAGCCAACCACAGAGUGGUGAAGAGACACACUGCUGGAGACAAAGUUGGGAGCAUCCUUCCUGGGGCACAGCUAGAGUGUUUAAAUGCUUCACGACUUCUCACUUCACAUGGGAUAGACAUGCAGGUGCUUCUUGGUGAAGCUGAAUUUGGCUACAUCUGCCCAGCAAUAAUUAAUCAAAUAGAUAGGCAGUCUUGUUUGAUCCAUCCUCCUGACAAAACUUCACCUGGGUAUUCAGUUAAAGUAGCUUGGCUUGGUGGCUUCAUAUCUAUAAGUGUCAUCAGUGUUUUGUCUCUGUUGGGCAUCAUUUUGGUACCACUGAUGAACAGAGUCUUCUUCAAGUUCUUGUUAAGCUUUCUUGUAGCUUUGGCAGUCGGCACUUUAAGUGGAGAUGCUUUUUUACAUCUGCUCCCACAUUCUCAUUCAAAACAUUACCAUAGCCAUGGGGGUUUUCUGCAUGAAAUUAGUCCUGCAGAUGAAGUGGAAGAAGAACAUGCUCUCUUAGAUGCAACCUGGAAGGGAUUGACUGCUCUUGGAGGCCUUUACUUCAUGUUUUUGGUGGAGCAUUUAAUUACCUUAAUGAAGCAAUACAAGGACCAAAAACAAAAGAAUCAGAAAAAAAAUGAAAAUGAAGAGGAAUUGGAAAUUAAGAAGAAUCUUUCUAAUCACUCAAAUAUUGAAGAAAAGGGUGGAUCUGAUGCCGGAUCUCAUCAUGAGAGCUACAUGGAGAAUGAGACACAGGAUGUUACACAGUUUCAGACUCAACAGCCAACAGUCCCAGAAGAAGAGGAGGAAGAAAUAAUGAUUGCUCAUCCAGAUGAUGAAGCAGACUAUUUAAAAUACGGUUCUAGAGGCUGUGAAAAUAAGUGUCAUUCCCAUUUUCAUGACACACUUGGUCAGUCUGACGAUCUGAAUCAUCAUCACCAUGACUAUCAUCAUAUUCUACACCACCAUCACCACCAGAAUCACCACCCACACAGCCACUGCCAGCGCUAUUCCAGGGAAGAGCUGAAAGAUGCUGGCAUAGCCACACUAGCAUGGAUGGUGAUAAUGGGCGACGGAUUACACAACUUUAGUGAUGGCUUAGCUAUUGGAGCAGCAUUUACUGAAGGCUUAUCUAGUGGAUUAAGCACAUCUGUGGCUGUUUUUUGCCAUGAACUGCCACAUGAGUUAGGUGACUUUGCAGUUCUUUUGAAGGCAGGCAUGACUGUGAAGCAGGCUAUGUUAUACAAUGCUCUGUCUGCAAUGCUUGCAUACCUGGGGAUGAUAACAGGCAUUGUUAUUGGCCAUUAUGCAGAAAAUGUGUCAAUGUGGAUUUUUGCUCUUACAGCCGGUUUAUUCAUGUAUGUGGCAUUUGUUGACAUGGUUCCAGAAAUGUUGCAUAAUGAUGCAAGUGAUCAUGGCUGCAGCCGAUGGGGAUAUUUUCUGUUACAAAAUGCAGGAAUUCUAUUGGGAUUUUUCAUCAUGUUGGUUAUUUCUAUAUUUGAACACAAAAUAUUGUUCAUCAUUAACCUAUAACUUUUAGGUUAUUUAUGUAUCCUUAAACCAACUCAUGGUUGAGAUUAUUUUUUCCAUAACUUUAUUUUCUAGCGAAUUCUUACUAAUUGUACGAAAACAUCUGCACUUCGGUACUUGCCUUCAGACAAGAUACAAUCAAAAGACUUUGUUGCAAACUGGACAUUUGUGCCAAAUGUGUCUUUGUCAGUUCUAUUUUUACUUAUUUUUAAUUAUUUUUUUUACUUUAAUUUAUUUAAGUAGAAAGCUGUUGCAAAAUUAUUCCAUAGUGUGGU